AAACAAACAACAAUUGGAUAUAAAUUAAAUAUUGGGACAUAAUAAUUGUUAGUCUAUACAGCGCCAUGACGGACCCGGCACCGCCAACAAAUUGUGAUGAGGCGAUUGCCAAGCUGAAGGAAUUUGGCUAUGCAUUCGAUGAAGGUGGUGUACUACGUCAGAUUGAUCCUGCCACUGGGAAACCGGGCAAGGAGCCGUACAUCUACGACAUUAAUGAUGAUGCCGACGACAACGAGAAGCAUUAUCAGAAUCUCGCAGAGCAAAUACCAAACAUUAUCUAUGCGCUGCUGGAGAAGAGUGGCCUAAGUCGCACCUACAUACCCUUUGGCAAGCCUCCAGAUCGCUCGUCCUUCGUGUACUCCCAACCAGCGAAGUUGGCGCAGUCUAAGAAAUUACUCGUGCUCAUUCAUGGCAGCGGAGAAGUCCGAGCAGGCCAAUGGGCCAGAAGCCUUAUCAUCAACAAUUCUUUGGAUCAUGGAUCUCAGAUGCCCUACAUACGAAAGGCACAGAAACUGGGCUAUGAUAUCCUUAUCACCAAUACAAAUGAUUGCAAACGGUUCUACAAUGGCAAAGAGCAUCCGAUUAAGGGAGUGGAGACCUCCACAGAGCAUGCCACGUACGUGUGGAAAAAUAUUGUGUUGCCCUCGGAUCCAGAGAGUGUGGCCAUAGUGGCACACAGCUAUGGAGGCUAUGUGACAAUCGAUUUGGUGAAUAACUUUUUGGACUUCUUUAAAGAGAAGGUCUUUGCCAUCGCUCUCACCGAUGCGGUUAUUGGCAGACCUCAGUCCAACUGCAAGAAUUACCUACAAGAUGUGACCUGUGAUUGGGUCACAAGCAAAUCUCCGUUGGACACGCCAGUGUCCUCAUUAGGCGAUAAUAUACGACGCGUUUCGGCCGGUCAUACAAAGCAUGAAUGGACCUCCUACUCGGCCAUUGAUUCGGUCUAUAAAUUCUUUGAGGAAAAGUAUGCACAACGUACAAAUGACAAGAAGACGUCCCCAUAAUAACACGAAGCAUUUUUAUAUUUCCUAUAUACGAAAAUACAUAGAAGUAUAUCUUGAA